AUGAUAGAACGCGAUACUCCUUGUUGCAACAAUGCUUAUCCAGAUCCCCCCAGACUAAGCACUACUAGCGAUGACACUGAAAACGAUUUGGGCUACGGCUUUAAUGUGUAUGUGAGCGCUGAUGCCAGCGUCGUGAAGCUGAAAGAAGUGAUCAAACGUGAAACUGAGGAGUACGAGCUCUUAAAGCAGCUGAAGGUGCCCGCGUCGGUCAAGGAGAUGCUGAUCCCAGAGAAUGAACUUGACCCGCUCAGUUUCGUGGGGGACGACGCCUACGGAUUCCCCAACAGGCACGACAAUGGACCCCGUGACAUUCAUCUCCUCGUCAAGCUGCCUGACAACUGGUCAAGAGAGCAAGAGUUGUGGAAUGAGACUUUAGCAUCUACGAGGAGGUCCGUAUCACGAUCUGCUGUCAGAAUGCUCUCAACGGAAGGAUACGAAGCACGAGUGAAAUCUACUUUUCUUCUCGACUGA